AUGCUCUCACUGUGUAAAACUGUGCCUGGACGGAAAAACAUUUGUGAGGAAGAUGCAAGCUGUGUCGUCGCCGAGGAAUUAAGGCAAGAUUGGAUCAGAAAAAGAGUCUACCGAAAUAUUCUACGUGAUUAUUUAAUGUUCCGAGAAUUUAGAAAGGUGGAAAAUCGAUCUGAUAGAAAGAAGACACUGUCAUGGUUGGAAAAAGCUGGCAAAUUCAACAACCGCAUGAGAAAUCACGCCUAUGAUAUAAGGUCCAAAUCAAUCGAGUACGAUGGGCAGCUGGCUAAGGAAUACGGCGUGCGAAUGACGAUGGAAGACCAGGUAUUCUGGUAUGAUAAUUGCUACGGCGACUAUAUAGUGACCUCAACAAGUAUCAUCCCGCGAAACUGGUCGAGGAAUAAAAAGAGGGUGUUAGACCGUGAAGAAGUGAUGAAUAUAAAACGAUCCAAAAUGAACGAAGCGAUUUAUGUUACAUAUUCAGGUGACAAUAGUGGAAUUCUAAUUCAUGAUGAUGAUGAUGAUGAUGAUGUUGAUAACAAUAAUGACGACGACAGUGAGUAUGAACAUUACAUGUCCGCAUCAGAUCUAAGCAACAACUGUGAUGAGUCUCAUGUGACCCGAUUUGUAGGAGAACCAAAUAACAAAACUAAAAAACAGUUCCCAUCAAUUCAAAUCAGAUCCGGCCAUAAAACAAUUCACGAACCACUGAUGCGCUGUCUCGUCCACUGUAUCUCAAAGUAUAAGGUCACUACUAAUGACCUGAUGGGAAUCACUGAAUCGAUAGCCAACACGAUAUUUGAUCAAAACUGA